AAACUGACACCUGUCCACCUCCCGUUUGUUUUUAGGUUUUACUUCACCCCACUCGGGACGUGAGGGACAGACACAAGCAGCAGAGGAAACGUAGGCGUCCCAGCGAGCCCACAUGUCCAGCUUCGAGGUUUCUGUGCAGCAGCUGAAUGAUCUGCUGGCGGACGAGCAGGGCGUCUACAAGUGGCCCACCAAACACUUCCAUGAGGUUUACCAGAGGAUCUAUGUCGGGAAUGCGUUUUUAGCGACAAACGUGAGGCGCCUGAAGCGCCUGGGCAUCACCCACAUCCUGAAUGCUGCAGAGGGAAACUCCUACAUGCACAUCGACACCGGUGCAGACUACUACGGCGGUUCGGGGAUCAUCUACCACGGCGUGCCAGCCAACGACACUGACCACUUUGACAUCAGCGUUUACUUCGAAGAGGCAGCAGACUUUAUCGAGGAAGCGCUGGCCUACAAGGAUGGAAAAGGUAAAGUCUACGUCCACUGCAGGGAAGGCUACAGCCGCUCGCCCACCUUGGUGAUCGCCUACCUAAUGCUCCGCCAGAAGAUGGACGUCUACACGGCUUUGGCCACGGUGCGGCAGAAAAGAGAGAUUGGACCCAACGACGGCUUUCUUCAGCAGCUCUGUGGGCUAAGUCGGCGUUUGGCUGCUGAGGAGAACAAAUAACGGGCCUAAGGAGAGAGCACUCGGCUAGCUUUACAGCUUGAAUGGCCCGCGGGUCGGUGGGAGAAUGUUCUGAGAACCAGAGAG